CUUCGAGUUAUUCGUUUCAAUCGAUUCUGUGAAAGGACAUGUAAUUAAGUAUUUAACUGGAUGAUCGUAUUAGCCCUAUAUUAUAAGGUUCUGUUCAAAGCACUUCGAGAUCAGGAUAAUGAAGUUGCUGGUGUGCUCGAUACUCGCUCUCUGCUGUGCUCUGGCUGACGGAGCUGUCAUGCAAAAGGCCAGGCCAAUGAUGGACGCAGCGCAGCCAAACCAUCAUAAUGGAAUAGUGUUGUUGGACGGAUUCUGUAAGGCGAUCAUCAGCAAAACGGUUAAAAACGAUGACGACAAAUACAACGACGUUUUCGUGGAAAUAACGUCAUCAUGUGAGAAACUACAGGAAUUCUGGACGAAAGUUUAUGCAAACAGACAAGGCAUGGCACAAGCGGGAGACGGACCGCAAGUUCAGCCAGAAACCUUUGAUGACGAUGAGCCAAUUGACCAACCAAAACCAGUGCAUGGUGAGAGAGACAGGAAGAGGCGGUCGAACAGGCGCCCGUUUGCUUGGCGCGACGGCUUCAGGGUUCAGGGCAGGCGGCCCAUUGGCCUUCCCAUGGCUAAAUCGGCGAUCGAACAACUGCUGUUCAUUUGCGACCACUUGAACCCUGCGCUUGAGGGUCGGUCAGUGGAGUUUGUGGAAAUCGUAGAUCAGAUAGACGAGGCUUGUGAGAAAGCCGAUCAGCUUUUCCAUGAAGACGCAGACGACAACGCCACUGCGGAUCUGUAGGGGAGCGUCAGAGACAUUUUUGUUUGC